AAAUUAAUACGAAGUAGUAUUAUUUUUUGUAGAAAGACGGAAAACUAAUAUAGAAUGGAGCAUUGACAGGGCUAGUAUUUUUAAUAAGUUAUUCAAAAUCUGAAGAACUAAACACACAAACUAAUUGAAGGUGUUAACAUCUAAUAUUUACUUAAACAAAUAAUUUUAACCAUGUAUAAAUAGUAAUAUUUUCCGCCAAAAAGAGUUAGAUAUUUUGCAUAUUGUUAUGUUAGACUUUCAUAGACUGGGUUUAUUUUAUUGGAGGAAAAUAAUUUAAAGUUUAGGUGUUUGUUAAUUUGCAGAUCAAUGGGCUUAGGGAAUGAGGUGCAGAAGAUUCUAAGCUGGACAUCUGUGUGUGGUAACCUUGUGCUUCAUUUGGUCUGGCUCAUCUUACACUUGAUCAUCAAUGUUUGGUACUCUGUAUUAGGCAUAGCUCGUAUGGUUGAGAAUACCCUUAUUUCUAGUGGGCUGCUAAAGAGUUACAAUGCCGUUAACAUUAGUAAAGUGCGCUAUCUGGCUGUUGUGAUUGACAGUGAAGAAGCUCGUGAAACUUCAAAAGUUCUUGAAUUAUUGUGUUGGCUUGCGUCUGUUAGUUUAAAAAGCAUCUGUCUCUAUGAUCGAGAAGGAGUGCUGAAAAAGUCCCAGACAGCUAUUAUUGAAGGACUGAACAAGUCCCAGAAAGCCAUUGUAGAAGGAUCGGAUCAUGGAACUUUGGUUGAGAAGCAUGUAGACCUGGAAUUUGUCUCUUUUGCUGAUUCAAAACCUGCAGUGGCCAAAGCAGCUAAUUUACUCUUUGCCAAGCAUUAUGCUAGCACAAAACCAGAAAAGCCGAAUUUUACAGAGUCUGACAUGUCUGAGGCGCUACAAGCUGUAGGUUAUGGGGGACCAGAGCCUGAUCUUUUAUUAGUUUAUGGUCCUGUGAGAUGUCACAUGGGUUUCCCAGCAUGGAGAAUCCGGUACACUGAGAUCGUACAUAUGGGGACCUUGAAGUCCAUGGAAUUUGGUUCCCUCUUAAAAGCCAUCCACAAAUUCACAAAGGUGCAUCAAAACUAUGGUCAAUGAACAGUUGCAGGUGGAGUGAUUUUUCUUAUGCAACAACAUUGUUACACUUCUCAGCACUAACAACUCGCAGUCAGCAACAUCUUAUAUUUAUACUGUUCCAAGAUUUCAUACAAAACAAAAUGUAGUGUUAAAUUUUUAACAAGUACCCCUGUUUUAACUAUGUUUUGCACAUUUGUUAUAUAGCUAGGUAGAGAUACCUCCUCUUGUGAAAAAUUAUAGGAGCUUGUGAUGGUGUAUUAGUGAAUUGGACGCAAAGUUGUGUUGAGGACAGUAAUAACUUACUCAAUUGGUUGACAACUUGAACUUUUGUCUUGUUGGUGA